GUACCUCCUCCUUGGAUCCCAAGUCCAACAGCAAGCUGGGGAUCGUCGCCUUUGUGUGGAUCACAGGGACCAACCUGUUGGCCUGCAUUCUGGGUGUCAUCCUCUCCAUCACCAUCAAACCAGGUGAGAGUACAGACAGUGCGCAAUCGGUAACAUGACUAGUCCCUUUGAGACCCAGGAUAUCUUUGCGGACCUUCUCAGAAACAUCAUUCCUAACAACAUAGUGGAAGUGGCUUUUAGAAAGGCACGAACGGAAUACUCGUUCAGCACACGUGAAGAGGUCAGCAACGGAACAGUGACCACCAUCACCUCUCGGUCACGAUCUGUCGGCAAAACCGACAGUGUCAACGUGCUGGGACUCAUCUUCAUCAGCGCCCUGAUGGGAAUGGCCGCCAAUCGCUUGGGUCCACGAGCCCAGGUCUUCGUCGACUUCUUCGCCGGCGCCACUGAAAUCGUCCUCAUGGUUAUGCGCUGGUUCUUCUGGACGACCCCCCUGGGUGUGGCCAGCCUCAUCGCCAAAGCCAUCGCCAGCGUGGACGACGUGGCGGAGAGCUUCAGCAAGUUGGGCAUGUUCGUGGUGGUGGUGACCGUUGGCGUGCUUAUCCACCAGCUCGUCGUGUUGUCCUUGCUGCUCUUUGCCCUGACCCGACGCAACCCCCUGACCUUUCACCUCUCCAUCCUUAGACCCUAUUUCAUCGGCUUUGCAGCCACCAGCACUGCCGUGGCUCUGCCGGAGAUGAUUCACUGCUGCGAGGUCAAGAACAACAUCGACCCCCGGGUCACGCGCUUCGCCGUCCCCUUCAGCGUCACCCUCAGCGCCAACGGCAGCGCUGUCUUCAUCGUCUCCGCCGCCAUCUUCAUCGCCCAGUACAUCGACGUCCCGCUCUCCGCCAGCGACGUCGUCGUCAUCACAGUCCUGACAGCCGUCAGCGCCAUGGCCUUGCCCUCGGUACCCAGCUCCAGUCUGGUAACCUUGGUGAUCAUUCUGGCGCCCUCAACAUCCCGGGUCAGAUCGAGCUGCUGUUCGCUGUGGAGUGGUACCUAGAUCGCAUUCGGUCAGGAACCAAUGUCGUCAGUCAUUGCUACUGCGCGGCGGUUAGCUAUCAGUUUGUAAAAAAAGAUCUGGAACGUCGGGAUCCGAAUGUGGAGAAAAGUUUGGAGCUCCAAGACUCCAAGGGACAGAAAACAAACUGCGACCUGGAUGUUAAAGGACAGGCUAAUGAAGGCUACUUCUCUGAUUACGAAGACACCACACAAAUGUGACUCUUUCUGUUCUCACUGUUUGAAGCGAAAGUAUGUGCCAGACACCAAUAGGUCAAAGUUCACGAUGGUGGUUACCGGCGGGAUGCACAGAAGAGGUCAGGCGUAGGUUACCGAUCUUACAAAUGGAUGUUGAUGCUUUAAUUUAUCAUUAAGUUGUUUUAAUCAGAAUCUGUGUCUAUGUUAUAACUCCAUACAUUCAAUCGACAUUAAAAUUAAAAGCGAGGUUAGGUUUUUAAUAAAUUUUCAGAAGGUUAGAACCUAUAUAGCUCCUUAGUGUCAACGACCUUUAUACAGGUCAGCCUCUUCUUCCACUUUUUUUUUUUCUUUCACUUUCCUCUCCCGAUCAUUCCGAUAGCCAUCUUCUAUUUGGGAAGAAAGAGAUCCCCUCCUCCCGUGUCAGGAGCCGAGGCGAGCCUCGAACUGAAGACUUUCUGUUCCGGUCACGUGCACUAAGCAUCAGGAUACAGCGCCUCCAUCUCGCUUUACAUAAAUGUGAAGGAAAUAGUUUCACCCCGAGAGGAAUUCAAAUGUUUACAUUGACAAACCCUGUACACAUGUCGAGGGAAACACUAGUCUAACCUGGCCACAGAUGUAGAUACCAGACCAUCAGACCAUCAUCAGGGAAUGAAAGUCACCCCGGGACACCAGCUGGUCAGUGUAUCAACGGAUGCUGAGUAAAGACAACAUUCCAUCAUAUCAUCAACAUGGGACUGCCUCAAAUAAAGGAAAUGACAAUUUUCUGGGUGACAUAAAACACUUACAAAAUGCCAAAAUCAGAUUCGAUUUCAAUAAACCACCCAAUAAAACUUGGGUAUUGUAAACAUU